CAUUGAAGGUCUUCAGCUUGAGUGAUAGCGUGUGGCAAGCAGGAACUGACCUGCUUUCAUUGCGAGAGAGAAAUGGCAAUGGCAGCAGCUCGUAAAGUCAUCGUGUACGGAGGAAAGGGCGCCCUUGGAACCAAAUGCGUGGAGCUUUUUAAGUCCAAGCAAUGGUGGGUCGCCUCCAUUGACUUCACAUCGAAUGAAGACGCGAAUGCGAACAUCAUUGUGAAGAUGAGCGAGUCCUUCACCGAGCAGGCAGAACAGGUUACCGCAGAUGUUGCCGGUAUUCUAGGGGAACAGAAGGUGGAUGCCAUCAUUUGUGUAGCAGGAGGUUGGGCAGGUGGCAGUGCAAAAGCAAAAUCUCUUUAUAAAAAUGCUGACUUGAUGUGGAAGCAGAGCAUGUGGACAUCCACAAUCUCCAGCCAUUUAGCCACAAAAUAUCUCAAAGAUGGUGGCUUGUUGACACUUACAGGAGCAAGUGCUGCCUUAGGUGGGACUCCAGGAAUGGUGGGCUAUGGCAUGGCAAAGGCAGCUGUACAUCAACUGUGUUGGAGUCUAGCUGGAGAGAACAGUGGAUUGCCACCUGGAUCUUCUGCUCUUGCUAUUUUGCCGGUUACCUUGGAUACACCAAUGAACAGGAAAUCAAUGCCUAAUGCAGAUUUCAGCUCCUGGACACCAUUAGAAUUUGUUGCUGAAACCCUUCAUAACUGGACUGAUAAAGCUACCAGACCUGCCUCAGGAAGUCUUAUUCAACUCGUAACAACUGGAAGCAAAACUGAACUAAUUCCUGCUCAACUCUAAGAUGGAAGUUCCAAUGUUAACCAUACAACAUGGAGAUCCGUUUAGUUAUUUUUGUGAAGUGCCAUUUUGCAUACCUAGUAGGAAUCAACUGGUACCAAUGUUAGUUUGAUGAAUGCUAAGGGAAGCAAUACUUGAUUGCACCAUUUCAAUUUUAUUACCUCCUGGCCUCUGUGUAUUGAAGGUUUCUCCACUCAGUGAUUUGACUACUAUUUUCUUUUUUUAAAACUUCUUAAUGCUAUGAUUUACUUUAUCUCCAACACACAAUGCUUCCACAGAAUUAUUUGAAAUCAGGAAGUUGAAAUUGUAAGAUUAUCUUCAUUGCCUUGCGUUAGCUUUCCCAAAGUCUUGUGUACCAAUAAUUUAAGUGAACAAUUUAACUUUUCAUGAUUGUGUUUCUACAAUAAACCUUGCAGCAUUUGCAAUCAACAACCUGUUUGAAAUUGGAUUAGAACUAGAUUCAAACUGACGGUGCAAGCUCACGUUUCUAGGGUUAACAACAUUUCAGAAUUUAGUUCAGGAUCAGGGGCUUGAUUCAUAUCUUUACUCAUAACCUGUUAGAACAUUGGAAUGAUUUUGAUUUGAUGCUGUGCAGGGUAUGACUUAUUUCAAUUGGAAGCAUAAUGCAAAGGAUAAGAGUGCUCAGUUUGACUGAAUCCGUCAGAACUGAAUUGAAAUGUUACUCUUGAGUGCAGCUGGACCAUCAGUAAAUGUCAAUAUUGAGCGCACAAGAUCUUUCAAGGUCACAAAACAUUGAAAGAAGGGAUCUACAAAAAAAAGUUCCAUGGUAUUGUAACAAAAAGAUAACUAAGAUCUUUCAAUCAACAGAGCAGUCACAGAUAUAGAUUAUACUUAAUUUUGCCACUAUUUCAUUGCCUACACCUUCCAACAUCUCAUUAAUUAUUCUUGUUCUGGAAACACAAACAGAUUAGAAGCAGUUUACAUGUUCUUAUGGCAGCGCAGUGGCACAGCUAGUAGAACUACUACCUCACAACUCCAGUAAUCCAAAUUCAAUCCUAAUCUUUGCCUGUGGGGAGUUUGCAUGUCCUCUGCAUGCUGUGCUUUCUGCCACAUCCUAAAGACAUGCAAGUUACUAGGUUAAUUGGCCACUGUAAAUUGCUCCUAGUAACUAGUUUGAGUGGUAGAAUCUGAGGAGAUUUCAUAGGAAUGUGGAGAGAAAAUGAGAUUAGGACAAAUGGUGCUUGAUGGCUGGAAAGGACUCAAUGGGCUAGAGGGGCAUUUUACAUGCUGAUUGACUCCAAGCCUCUAUACUUAAAAUUAGCUCUAGUAUUAAAAUAUUCCAGGAAAAAAAUCCUACCAAUUAAUUCUUACUGAUGUACCUGAAGUUGUCUUAGGCAUACAUAGAGAUAUUGGUCGUCUUAGUGCAUAAUUCUCAGCAGAAUAUGAGAAACAAUAUUUACUUAAAGGAAAAAAUUGUUAAGUAUUCAGAACAUAAAAAUCAAGUCACAAAAUCUAUCCAACUUAAUAUUGUUUGAGAUUGCAAUAUGUGGUUUAUGUAUGUAAUUGUAAAUGUAAAUGAUUUAUCUGAAAAGAUGGUAGUAAAACAUAGGAAUCAAUGAACAAAGAAAAUAAUAUGGUUCAUCCAAGUUUUUUCCAGCUAAGAUGUGGGGGAAAUAACUCAUUGCCAUGUAUCUAUUUCACUCUGGAAAAGGCCACCAAGAGAUGUAGGAUAGAUGUUUUGCUACAGCUGCCCUCUAAUUCUUUCCUUUUUUUUUAGAAAAAUGUUUCCCAUUUCCUUCUCAUGCCCCAGAUCAGCAAGUUCAGGUAAUGAAUUUAUAGGGAAAACUCAAAGGAUAAAUGUAUUCUAAUAACAAUAAUUGAAAGGCAAAGUUAUUGUGAAAAUACUUAUCAUGGAGCAUCUUCAACAGUGAAAAUAAAAAGUCAACAAUUCUCACUUUGAAUGGAUUUACAAUCUAAUUCAUUGUCAUUGAUACACUUUCUCUUUAAAUUUUUUGUGUUCUAAUGGUGAUUGCCUAUAUAAUUGUACCAUGAGUGCUUCUAAGUAUGAUGCAGUAGCAAUGAUAAACUUGUAUUGCUUUACAUGAACCUAUUUUUCUACAUUAUUGCAUCUUGACUCUUAAUGUGAAUACAAUGUGUAAAAUGGGAUAUUAAAACUGUUGUAAUCAGUACUCAAGCUUUGUAGCCAUGUCAUCAAUAAAGCAAAUAUGUAUUUGUGAUUUGA